CCCGCUACUGCCUUUGGCGACACUAUCCUCACCUGGUUGGUUAAAGAGAUUCCAGAAAUGCUGCCUGCAGCCUUGAAGCACCUAGCGAGCCUGCCAGCUGCACAGAGGGGCGGCAAGACCAUGAAGCAGAUACUGCAGACACCACAGGUGGAGACUGCGGGCGUAUUCGACUACAUCCUAAUGCAUGGGAGGUCCCAGGACACUGCUCUCGCUGAGGGGCUGCGGGUGCAAUAUGGCCUGAAUCAUGACUCCAUCCAGACGAUACCGCCAGACACUACGACGCUGAUGGGGGCGCUCCUCCAGUCGGUCUCUUGGUAUGGCGGUAGCCGUGUCUCGUCUUUGUAA